GCUACUGGUGAUUAUUGUGCCGGUCCUUAGCUGGAGCUUCCCGGCUUUGAUUUAACGGAAGUUUAGGCUGAAACACUUUCUGUGGCCUUAUUUCUCUGCGGUUGUGGUUGUUUUCUUUCAUCAAGAAACAUCACUUGUUGGUAAUUUGUCAAACUGAAGAAAUAUUCCAUCCCUCGAGAAGCAGUUGUGGGCAGACGCUGCGGCUUUGAGCAUUUUGGCAAAUUAAAUUAGCACAGGAGCCAUUGGUUGGUCUCAUUCCCACGACUUUUCAGCCCAGAACUUCUUCACCUUGGAAGGACAUUUUAUCCAUAGUCAAAGUAAUGGCGGCUGAAGUGCAAAUGGUACUUUAUGAAGAUGAUUCAGUACAAGUACAAUAUGUUGAUGGUUCCAGACUACAGCUUUCUCCUUGUGGGUCUGAAUUUUUAUUUGAAAAGGCUCCUCCUGUUUCAGCACAUCCUUUAGAACAGCCAGAAAGAAUUCGUCAAAGGACACACUUUGUUAUUAGCACUUACCGAAAGCAAUUGCAGCGAGCCCUCGAUUUUCGAAACUCUGCUGCUAUUUCCCCUUUUUUAUCUGAAAGCCUCAUACCUUCUGAAAGAAAAACGCGUAUCUUCACUGACAUCUCAGAAGUGAGAUGGCCCAGUCGUGAUACUGAUGAUGGCAUAUGUCUGCAGAGUGGCACUGUGAAGAUAGCAUCUUUAGAUGGUCAUGCAUAUCUUUGUCUGCCCAAAUCUCAGCACGAAUUUUCAGUACAUUUUUUGUGUAAAGUAAGCCAGAAGCCAGACUCAUCCAUCGUAUUAUCAGAAAAGAAUAGUCAAGACAAAAAGGGCAAACCAGUUGAGACAGCAGGCAAGACCUGUACUCACGGGCGUUUAUCAGGACAAAGGCUGAAGAAUAAAGAAAAUGAACUUUAUUCUCAGAUCGGGAAAUCCAAAGAAUCUUUAGAGGAAAAGAAUUGUGUAACUGAAGACAGGGAGAGGCUGCCUCCUCCUGGUACAAAACACACAUGUAUAUACACAUGGGUACAGCAACACUGGUCCGUGGCUUCCUGUCCAGAGGAAUGGAAAUACCCUUUGUCCUUGGCACUUCAUUUUCAUAAUAAAAUCAGCAGGAUGUCUGGAAUUGAUGCAGAUAUAACCCAGAGUAGAGUUUUAACUUCUCAUGUGUCAGAGGAAAGAGGAAAAGAGGUCUCUGUUCUUCCCAGGGCCCUGUUGCUCAGCUGUCCGGUCCCACACCUGCACAGGUGGGAUUUUUGUGAUUCACUUUCCCAGAGGCUGUUUGAUGAAGAAUAUUCCUAUCGUGAGCUAGUGAAAGUGGUUUGGUACAAGGGUAUUACAUAUAGACUUGCCCAUAAAAAUGUGAACUCUAUGGAGAUUUAUCCUGGAGAUGGAUCUGUUUUCAAAUCAGAAGGAGCUUAUUUGGGGAACUAUUUUACAUAUUACUCCAUUCAAGAAGGGUCAGAAGAGAGAGAAGAGAAAACUUACUCAGUAAAUAACCUUCCUCCAGAUAGACCAGGAAGUCUAUUUUCUGUGUGUUCUCUACUUGAACAGGCAACUAGAAUUCUGCAACAUUGUGCCAAGACGAGGCUUUCCUUAAGCCAUAACUGUCAGAUAUGCUGCUGGAAAAUGGUACCUAGGAUACAUGAUAGCAAUAUACUGCCUUUGCUUUUGAGAGACUCGCUCAUACCCAGCGUGGGAAGAUUUCUUGCAUACUCUGAUAACAAAGUACAUGCUGUCUUUUUGGAUGGCAUUACUGUGACCUUAAAUUGGAAUUUCAGCUCCUUUAUUGAAAAGUUACAGUUUCAGAAUGAUAAAACUUACCCUUCCUCCUUGCUUCUUGAGGUAAAUCAAGGUCUCAACUUAGGUUGGUGUAAGUUAACUUUUCCUGAUGGGCAAGAUCAGUUAAUUCAGACUGAACACGCUGGACCAUAUGAAAGAUAUGUGACAACAGUAAUAUCAUGGUGUAGAAGACUAACCAAUACUUGUUGGGGAGAGACGCCCACACAUCCUUCAUCUUUUGUUCUUGAAGAAAAUUGGCUGGAAUACAAGCAAAGAGUGCAAGCAGACAAGAAGGUGCAUGUGGUCCAUUGUACUAAAUUCCAGUAAAGCAGACGAGUCACAUACCCUAUUUUGAACUGUGGAGACUUUUCUAGGGACUUGAAUAAAGAGACGUUUUAAACAUUAAAGUCCUCAUUAAUUUUGUAGAGAGUCAGUUCAUUUACACUAUUUUCUAGUUCUGUAUCACUGCUUGUGUUUCAUUUGAGUAUAAUGAGGAAAAAGAGAAAGAACACACACAUAAAAAGUUCUGCUGAAGUUGCAUAUAUUCAACCCUUUACCCCAUACCAGUGGCCCCAAGUUUCUGUGGAACAUGGUAAGAGCUAAUGUUCAUGUUAAUAACCCUUUGAGUCAAGGAGAAGAAAACGCUUAAUAUACUUUUAAUAAGAAAACAAUAAAAUGAGUAAAUAAUCUAUUCCAGAAAUGUAAUAGAAAAUAGUUAUUUUGUGACACCUAAUUCAACUGUGUAAAAACUUGGCCUUUGUCCAACUUAGCAUAGAAAUUAUGUGUUAAGUAAAUUAAGUGUGUAUGUUCCAAAACCAUUCAUUCCCUGAGUUCCAUGUAAAUGAGGUCUUACAAAAUGUGCAAAGUACAAAUGAAAAAGAAAACUGUUUUCUCCUGAGACAAUCUAGGUAUGAGAUCAUAAAAUUAAUAAUUGAAAAAAAGACAUUACAAUUAAGUGUAUGAUUAAUUAACAUAAUGCUAUAGGAAUUCAAUGAAAGUUCUAUCAGAUAAGUGAUUGGAUUUUAGUAGGUUUUUAAAGUUUGAGUAAACUUUAAAGAGGAAAAUAGAGGGUGUACCACAUUAGUACUCAAAUGUUGUAGCAGGGAUGCCCAUUACCAUCCAAUAUCAAUACUUGAUUCAAAAGUCCUUGAGGUGGGGAUACUUAUUCAGUUGCCUUACUUUUUUUUUUUUAAAUUUUUUAUUAAGGUAAUUAUUGAUAUACACUCUUAUGAAGAUUUCACAUGAAAAAACAAUGUGGUUAUUACAUUUACCCCCAUAUUAUCAAGUCCCCACCCAUACCCCAUUGCAGUCACUGUCCAUCGGUGUAGUAAGAUGCCACAGAUUCACUAUUUGCCUUAUCUGUGCUACA